AUUCGUACCGCACAAAACAAGAAAAGAAAACAAAGUAAACUAACAAUAAAUUUUAUAUACAAAAGUUUUUAAUAAUGGAGGAGAAGUUAAUCGAAGCUGUUAGAUUGCACCCUUGUCUUUUUGAUAAGAGUUCGCUUCUAUUUCGGGACAAAAUGUUGAAGGAGAAAGCAUGGAAGGCAGCAUCAAUUGCAACGGAAGCUUCAGUUGAACAGUGUAAGCAGCGCUGGAAGUCACUACGCGACCGAUUUGUGCGGGAGGUGGUUUUGCAGCAAUCGAAGACAGAUGAUGCUGCGGAAGAGAAGAACGAGUGGUGCUAUUUCGAGUUAAUGCGCUUUUUAACGAAACACGUCAAUCCUAGAAAAACGAAAUUUAACCCACAAUGGUCCAUCGACGACCAGCCAGACUACAGUAAUUCAGCUGGUUCACCACAGAGUGACUCGUAUCAAACCACUGAAUGCCUCUGGGUAGAAUCGCUGCAGGACGAAAGUGAACUAAAUGAAAGCCAAACCAGCAUCGAAGCACCCAAACCCAAAAAGGCGUCAAAACGUAAACGUCUGAGCGUGGAGGCACCCGAACGUUCGAGUAAUCCUUGCAGCAAUGGUGAGACGGUGUUCUCUAAUAAAGAGGAGCACAAAAAUAAGGCAAUUUUAGCCAUGCUGGACGAACUUUUACAGAAAAAAUCGGAGGAAGUGCAAGAAAGUGGUGCACACGAAAGUUUCAUUCGUCUUUGUGGUAUUAUUGAGAGAGUAAUCUCUCCUAAAGAGGAGUCUAAAAAUAAGGCAUUUUUAACAUUUUUAGACGAACUUCUGCAAAAGAAACCAGAGGAAAUGCAGGAAAGUUUGAAAAUGGAAAUUUUAAAUCAUGUUCAUAAUUCUUAAAAUUUCAAUAAUUCUUAUUUUUUGUAUAUCGGUGGAAUAAUAAUUAUUUUUUAAGAGGAUAUGAAUUGUUAUUAUAUAGGAUAGCCAUAUAUGUACAUGCAUAUGUACAGUUUGUUUUCAUUGCUAUAAAGACAUUAUAUUUCUGUGAAAUAUUAAAAAAUGCGUUCCCGUUACAAAAACAAA